CCUUCCUCCUCCUCCCUCGCAUCCUCCCUCCUCCACCUCCCCGUUUCUGUCUGUCCCGCUCCGCUCAGCAGACUCGGCUGCACGCAAUGGAACAGAUCUGAACCCGGGUGGUGGAGUCACUUUGAAACGGGACCUCAGACAGCUAUAACUGUGGAUGCUGCUGGUGAACAGGAAAUGCCUUGUGGACUCUCGUUUGCCAUUUAGCGAUUUUACUUCUCUGGGCAGCUCUUGUUUAUCCCAAAAAGCGAGCGGGGAACGAAAGAAGUCUGGGUAACUGAGGCGAUACACAGGACAUCCAUCGCGCAUCAGGAUGCUCGGUAUAAGGCAGCAUUUCACUUUGACAGCAGUGGCAGUUGUUGCGCUGCUGGCCUGUGCCUUGUCCUUCAACGUGGACCAGAAAAAUGGUUUGUCGUUCAACGGCCCUUUGGAGGACAUGUUUGGUUACACUGUCCAGCAGUUUGAGAACAGCGAGGGGAAAUGGGUUCUGAUUGGCUCGCCGCUGUCGGGCCAGCCAGCUAAACGGACAGGAGACGUCUACAAGUGUCCUGUGGGGACGGGCAACAACACAUGUGUCAAACUGGAGCUACCAAAAAACACAACAAUUCCCAACUUGCAUGAAGUCAAGGAGAACAUGACCAUGGGAACGACACUGGUGACCAAUCCCAAUGGAGGAUUUCUGGCCUGUGGUCCUCAGUAUGGCUACAUGUGCGGGCAGCAGCAGUACAUCUCAGGAGUUUGUGCGAAUGUCAGCUCUUCCUUCCAGAUCCUCAACUCUGUGGCUCCGGCGGUGCAAGAGUGUGGGAAGGAGAUGGACAUCGUGAUUGUUCUGGAUGGAUCUAACAGCAUCUUCCCCUGGCCUAGUAUCACCCAGUUUCUGCUUCGUUUCCUCGAAAAAAUUGAGAUUGGGCCAAAACUGUCCCAGGUGGGCAUAGUGUCUUAUGGUGAGAAUGUGACUCACCGUGUCAACCUGAGCCAGUUUGACAAAACUCCUGAUCUGCUGGAAUUCGUUGAAGAACUUCCUCAGCAGACAGGCUACAAGACCAUGACCUUACUGGCCAUUGAAACAGCCAGGAGGGAGGCCUUCACGCUGGAGCGUGGAGCACGUCCUGGGGUAAAGAAAGUCAUGGUGGUUGUGACUGACGGAGAUGCACAUGAUUCUCAUGAACUCGACAGGGUCAUGAAAGAAUGUGAGGCAGAUGGCAUCGAGAGGUUCGGCAUUGCUGUUUUGGGAGACUACAAUCGUCAGAACAAAAGUUCACAAGAUGUGCAGAAGUUCAUCAAGCAGAUCGAGUCCAUAUCUAGUAAACCGCUGCAGGACCACUUCUUCAACGUGUCCGACGAGGUGGCGCUGUUGACCAUUGUGGAUGCUCUGGGAAGCAGGAUUUUUGCAUUGGAAGCUACAACCGGCAAUUUCACCUCUUCCUUUGAGAUGGAGAUGUCUCAAGCUGGAUUUAGUGCCCAUGCUACCAAAGACGGAGUGUUACUGGGAGCAGUGGGAGCGUAUGACUGGAAUGGGACAGUGGUGAUGCAAACUGCUGAGCGAACAAUCGUCCCAGGGAAUUUAGAUUUCUACGACGCAGAGACUGAGGCGGGGUACGAAGGACUCGCUGGAUACCUCGGCUAUGAUGUCCAGUCAGCCUCCACCCCGGAUGGAGUGCUCUAUAUCUCAGGUGCACCUCGGUACAACCACACAGGCCGCGUCGUUAUCUACCGACUGAAUAAAAACAACAAUGUUGUCGUCUCACAGAUACUGAAAGGAGAACAGAUUGGCUCCUACUUUGGCAGCGUUCUGCAGACUGUUGAUGUGGAUGGAGACUCCAACACAGAUCUCCUUUUGGUUGGCGCUCCAAUGUUCAUGGGCAAAGAAAGAGAUGAGCAGGGUCAAGUCUACGUCUACAAACUCAACCAGGUCGGCCAGUUUGAGCACGAGUUCACUCUAAAGCCCGUCAAUCAGUCCUGUUGUACGGCCCGUUCAGCUAGCUGCUCUAAUAUAAACGAGCCAUGUGGUGCCCGGUUUGGCACAGCCAUCGCAGCCGUAACAGAUCUCAACCUUGACGGGUUCAAUGACGUGGCCAUCGGGGCGCCUCUUGAGAACGACCACCGAGGGGCCGUCUACAUCUACCACGGAGAAAAGACGUCACUGAAAGAGAAAUACGUACAGCGCAUCCCUGCAGGAGGUGAUGGUGUGAAGGUGAAAUUCUUCGGUCAGUCCAUACACGGAGUCAUGGAUCUUAAUGGAGAUGGCAUCACUGAUGUUACCAUUGGCGGUCUGGGCGGGGCUUCACUAUUCUGGUCCAGAGAUGUUGCAGAGCUCCGUGCCAACAUGACUUUUGACCCUGUCAAAAUCAACCUGCAGCAGGCGCAGUUUCAGUGCGAACACGGAGGACGCAAAUCUGUGUGCGUGAAAACUGAGGUGUGUUUCACGUACAGCAUCAAAUCCGACCAGCAAGACUCAAAAUCUGCAGCAGAAAUCCGCUAUGAUCUGACUCUGGAUGCUCUGCGUGCGAAAGCUCGGGCUUCAUUUAUCAACACUGACGAUAAAAGUGAUCGAAGGAUCACCAGGAGAUUCACCAUCAAAGACAGAGAGAAAAAAUGUGUGCAAGAAACCUUCAUGAUGUCGGCCCGGCUGGACUUCCGAGACCCUCUCAUGGUGUCUUUGCAGUUUGGACUCGCUGAUGAAGACCAAGGCCCCGUCCUGGAUGAAAACCUCCCCAGAUCCAUCAAUAAGACAAUUCCUUUAGUGGACUGCGGCAGCAAUCAGAGGUGCAUUGCUGACCUCUCUCUCAAAGCUGAACCAAGUGUAAAAAGGAUGAUGAUCAAAACGAUCAAAGACAGAAUUGAAGUGAACGUCAACGUUAGAAACAGCAAAGACAACGCAUACAACACUAAAGUGACCCUCAGCUUCACACCAAACAUUAAUUAUGUCAAAGUGGAGCCAGAGAAGACGUGCUCUCUGAAUAACACCAAAGUGGAGUGUGCUGUUGGAUACCCCUUCUUGGGGAGCAAUGUAGAGGAAAAUUUCAAAGUUAAGUUUGAGGUCAAUCCCAAGCAUGUUCAGGCAGUAAUUCAGAUCAACGUGACGGCUACAAGCGACAGUGAAGAGCUGGAUUCCACUCUACAUGACAACACAGUGCAAAUCUCCAUCCCUGUCAAGUAUGAAGCUGGACUCAUUUUCUCAGUUCGGCCUGUGGAUGAACACAUUUUAGUCAAAGAAGGGGAACAGUACCCCGCCAAAAUCAAUGAAACCUGGAUGAUCGGAGAGGAGGUCAACAUCAGCUACACGGUGGACAAGUCAGGCGAAAUGGAGACUCCGCCCCUCUACCUGACAGUGACGUUUCCUCAUCUGUCUCCUCAUCAGAACCACUUACUGUACCUGACCAACGUCAGCCCCAGCCCACGGGUGAUAUGUGAUGCAGAUAGCUGGAUCAACCCUCUGAAGAUUCCCCCGGCUGUUAUAAAACCCGACCCAAAGAAAGAAAGCCUCGGUGUUUAUAUAUUGAGCUGUGAAAACCACUUCUGUGCAUCUUUUAGCUGCCUUAUCCCUGAGGCUACAUAUGGACAGGUCAACGUCACCUUCCGAGUGUGGAAACCUACAUUCAUCAAGGGCGAGUUUUCCAGUCUGCAUAUGUUGGUGAACGCCACGUUAGGAGCCAGAGACGCUGACCUGUUUGAACUGAGCAGCAGCGACAGGAGCAGAAGUGUGAAGAUCCAGGUUUCGAAGGAGACUUUAGGAGGAAUCCCUAUAUGGAUCAUCAUCAUCAGCAUUUUGAUUGGACUGCUGAUCUUAGCACUUGUCAUCUUUGCCCUUUGGAAGAUGGGCUUCUUCAAGAGAAAAUCCAGGGACUACUCGAAGGAGGACAUGAUGGACUGAGGAAUCCAGCAGCAAGCAGAAGAAACUUGACGUCUUAGAAAAUACAGAUACCGUUCACUGUUUCCAAUAAAGGCACGGGUCGAAUAAUGUUUGCAAAUACUUUCAAACCUACAAAUUGUUCUUUGAUUAGCAUCAGGCUACAACACGCUGGCUUGAAAGGAAGUCUCAAAAAAAGAGAGCGCUUUAAUGGACAGUCUCUUUUAAUUAUACAAAGUAUUACUUUAUGUGGAAUAUUUGCAAAUACUAUUUUUUCUAGGAAUGCUUCUUGCAGGUAUACAGUAGAUAUAACAUCAGGUCCCGCUGUUUAGGAAGAUGAAGAACUCAUUACUUAGCAGGCAUCUGUUGGCAUAGAAGCAUUUAUCUGUAUUACAUACAGCAGACAAACAAAAACCUUCAGAGCUACAACAUCUGCACUCAAGCUUUAGAGGAAAAAGAACUCAGGUUUUUCAGUGUAUGCAACCUCACACACUUUCGAUGUCUUUACAGCAACAGUGUAAAAUGGCAUAUUCCCUUGUGCAACACACAAUAUGUGAACUUGAAAUGUGUAGUCUGUUUGAUAGAGUAGACUCUCGUAUUAUGUGCUGAUUAGUUUUGAAGAACACUGAACCUUUUAGCAUUUUAUACCAUUUACUUUUUGUUUUGGUAUUUUAACAAUAUAACGUGGCACAUCCCGACUCUCUCCAUGUUGACUAAAGACACUGACCUGAGAUUUAGAUGAAGGUGCGGUCUGUAUGCUUAUAUUUUUUUAUACUUUCAAAAUAAGAUAACCAUCAACAAACAAAAAAAAAUUGUCCCAACUUGGAUGUUAAAUGUUUGUGAUGAGGUCUGGUUAAAGAACGCUGCGCCUUCAACAUCCCAAACUCUGAUUGUACUGUAAAUAUUAGUAAAUCCUCAAUAAUGUAAAGCUUUAAAAAAAAAUGUACAUAAUUGUUUUUGCUAUUUUCCUGUAAUUUAAAAGAUGUUGUCAUUGGUUGUUUUUGUGUGAUCAAUGGUUGCAGAAGAUGAUUUUUGCUCAGGUGCUACGAGUAUCAUGAAUGAUGACAUUAACAUUUGAUACAUACAAAAAAUAUCUGGCCCAUCUCACAAUUUCAAAGCUGAUACAAAUGUGUAAAUAUUGUUAUAUUUUGAACAGAAAACUGCAAUUAUACAUGAAGAUGAGGGUUUGUAUCCACUACUUUAGUUUGUUUUCAUUGAAAGUGAUGUUUGACUGUGCUUUCCGUCUUUUACAUGAUUUAGAUGAGAUAAUACUGUAGUAUAUUUUGAAUCAAACUUUUAAUUCGGAAAAGGGAGGUACAACUUCUUCCACUGUAGAAAUAUGUGUCACCAUUCACCAGCAGUUGCCAUGUAGAGAAUAUGAUAUAUUGGUAUGUGGUUUGUUGUCUAGACAAGCUACAAAAUUUAACACAAAGACGUAGCAAACAAUGAACUCUGUCAAAGCUCGAUGUCAACACCUACAAAGUUAUCUUCUGUGUUUCUGUCUCUGUCUUGUUGAUGAAGUUGCACAGCUACACAAUAUGUUAAAAGAGAUUAUAUUGUAUAUUGAGGAGGCCGUGCCUCUGCCCCGAAAAAGCUCAGAGAGAAGAAGAGGAGGCCGCUUUUGAUUCUUAAAUACCCCUUAGCUCACACUCUCCACUGUUGACAAGAAGCACAUGUAAUAGAUUGUAUGUACAGAAUGUGUAACUGAGUCUUUUUAAGAUAAUAGGGCUACAUCAGUCUUAUGCACCAGGGUGGAGUCAUGGGUCUCACUUUGCUCACUUGAGGUGGUCCUCAGAUGUUACCAAUCUGUUGAUAACUUGUGAGCAUGGGUAAAAAGUACAAAGUGAGAUAUUUGAGCUCUACCCCAGCCUUCUACACUGCUGUGAAGUCUUCAUUGUAAUGCACUGGUUUGUCAGACUGUAAUGCGUCCUCAUCAGCACAGAGAUGAACUGAAUCCUAAGUACAAAAAUAAAAACUUUUUACAAAUA